AUGGUCGAGAUAGUGGUUCCCGAGGCGGAGAAACCCAUUUUGAAGAUCCCCACAGCAGUGGAUGAGAGCGGUUACCGGCAGUAUCAGAAGUCCGGUUUGAACGUAAUCCAAGAUGGAGAACAGGAACCGAGCCAUAAUGAUGCUUCAAAUCAUGAGACCCCAGUUGUUCCUUUUGAUGUCGUUCUUAUUCACGGAAUCUAUGGUUCAAGUCCAGAUUCGUGGACAACGGGAUCUGACUCAAUAUGGAUCAACAAAGCCCUUGCUGGUGCAUCAGAGAACAAAGGACGAUUAAUGUCCUACGGCUAUCACACAGAUAUCGAGAAUGGGAGAUAUUACACACCAUGCGGUGUUUAUCAUGAGGCAGAAGCAUUAUUAGAAGCUCUCCGAAAGCUUCGGACAUCCGAGAUCACGGAGGCUAGACGACCGAUACAUUUCUUUUCUCACGAUGUUGGAGGGACUAUAGUGAAGGCGGCGCUGGCGAUGGCUACAGAUGACCAAGAUAAGUAUGCCGAUAUCUUGCAUUGCACACGUGCUAUGUAUUUCUUCGGCUAUCCUCACAGACAUUCCUCCGUUGGCCUCUUGGAAGAGGCUGUGCUGCGAUUGACGGCCCAGAAACAACAAAAAUGGUCUGGUCAUAUGGUUGGGUACGCCAAAAGCCUCACAGACACGAUUAUCAAAGUGAAUGAUGCGUUCCUUGGGACCCAGAUGCUUACUCAGGCCAACUUCAUCAACGUGGUUUCUAAUCUCCACUUGGACCUAUCACAACAAGUCUUUCCUCUCUGCAUGUCCACUACGGCCACUCCGUUUGAGCGAGUGGUGAAAAUGGACAAGUCGAACUCUGAUUUGAUCCUGGCCGGAGAAGACGGGUUCCAUCCCGUGAACGAUAUCCCGGACACAGACUGGCUUAUGGGAAGCUUUACGGGCGAACAGCACGUUGCUCUUCGUAUGAUCAUCAACCAAGCGUCGCCAGUACAACCAUAUCAAAAUGUUGAUAAUAACUGGCAAAACUCCGACCUCUUAGAUUUACCGAAGCGGAAAGAAACGUUAAUAAUGCACAUGAGAUGCUCUUCUGGUGCUGAAGCAGCAUCCGAGAACGCCAGCUUCUUUCUGGACAAGAACAAAAGCGGCACGUUCCAUCCAUUACUUUAUAUGAAGUUCGAUGCUCGUGAUACUAGAUUCAACAAUUGCGACGCCAUGAUGCGGACAUUCCUCGCCCGUAUUGUGUGCAAUAGACUACAGACUGAGAGUGUCGCGUCGAGGUCGAUGGAUGGUCUUAUUCGUGCCGGAGCUUUACACCGAAACAACCUGUCUGAGGAGCUGGAGACUCUGCGGUCUGCAAAUGAUAUGAAGUCGGCUAUUUACGUGCUGGGGUGCUUUGACGAGUGUGAUGCGUCUUCAAUAUGGUUUCUCACUGCGAUGCACAAACUUCUGCUCAGGAAAGAGCAGCGUAUCAAGAUAUUGGUGGUGACAACAAAAGGAACUCACGGAGACGGCCUCAUCGCCUCUGCUCUAUCUGGGUUUCCUCUAGAAUAUGUCAGAAGCAUCGAUUACCAUCCCGAGGAGCCUAGUCCUUUUCCUGUUGACACAGAAGCAUCGAAACUCACGAAUAAACUCGGGGAGAGUGUUGGGACAUGCAUACAUCGAGAUGUUCAACUUAUACUCUCGAGCUGUGCAGGUGAUCAUGAUCUAUGCGAACUGGUCCUUGAAUGGCUCGGAGCAGGCACAGGGCAAACCGCACGUACUGAGAGGCUACUUGACAAGCCCCUCACCCCAACUAUCGUAUUUGCGGCAAUACUACAAGAUAUUGCGGAGUCGCACCGGCCAUGGGCCAAGAUACUGCUUUCUUGGCUGCUCGCCUGCUACCGGCCACUGCGAUAUGACGAGCUCCGCCAUGUCUCUAAUAUUGUUUGGCUUCAGCUAGAGAGGGAUCCAAUCACUGUAUCUUCUCAGACGGAUGUUUUACGCAGCUUCAACGGACUACUCACUUCUGUGAACGGCGAGAUCCAAUUCAAACAUCCUGCCACCCGUGCGUGGCUCGAAAGUUGUCACUCAGCUGACGACGAAGACAAAUGGUAUGAUAUAGUCAGGACGAGCUGCCACGACAAGGUACUGCAAACCUGCAUAGACUAUAUCCAACAUGCUGCAAGGAAUCUGCAAGGCUCGGUCCUGUCGCUUCCUUAUGCUAUUGAAUUCUGGCAUAAACACUGGCAGCGAGUCAAGACAUCUGAGAAGCAUGUGCAGGACUUAUUUUGCAAUGAGUCAGUGUUUCAGUUUUGGGCAAACUCACUUUUUGCUUUGCCCAAUGCGCAGUUCAAGUCUCAGCCAAGUCCUUUACAGCCUCUCGCUGUCGCAGCUCACUUAGGCCUGACGACGGUUGUAGAGGCGCUCUUGAAAAGAAGCCACGAUCAGGCCGAGCUACGCGGCCAGGCUCUGGUUGAAGCUUGCAGAACAGGCAAUGUUGCUACCAUUCGGCUUUUGAUGCAUUCAUAUUCAAAUGGCCUGGACUUUGACGAUGAGCAUCUACACGAAGCUGCGAGAGUUGUCAGUCACUCUAGUAACGAUGAAGCACUUGAGGAACUCGUCAGCGGAAUACCCGAGCCUCCUAAAACGGAUCCAGUGGCAGAAGAGUCUGAAGUGAGCCUCGAAUUCACAGAGAGUCAAGAAAUGAUCGCUUCGCAGGGCGAUUCCUCGGAAAAGUCGACAAAGCACGAUCCCGAGGUUAAAAGCCUUCGCCCUCAAGAGCGUGUAUCCGGCCCCCUUGAUUGGCUUGUCAUGCCCAUGUACAGAGCUGCGAGGUCAGGAUUGAAUGGCGUUAUAACUAGACUCCUCCAGCUGGGAGUAUCCCCCAACCCCCCGAAAGGAAUAACCCCCUAUGGCAAUAGCUACAUAUCCGCGGCAGCAGUCAACAACCGUGUGGCCAGCGCAAAACUACUUAUCAACGCAGGAGCAAGUCCAACAGCAACAGACGACCAAGGAUAUACUCCGCUGCAAAAGGCUAUCUGGUGGGCUUCUGGCGAGACAGUCGAGUUCCUACUUUCGCACGGCGCUUCUGUCAACGAUCUAGACCAGGAUAACUGCACGACCUUGGGGGCUGCUGCUAUGUGGGGUUCCUUUCCAGCACUGGAGGCUAUACUCUCUCGCAAGGACGAGGCUGACCGUAUGGCGGAUGAUUCCGAAUGGCACCCAGUGAUUCAAGCAGUUGAAUACGAGAAUAAGAAGUGUCUGAAGCUUCUUCUCAGCCACGGCUUCAGCCCUAACAUUAUCACCUCUAAGGGCGAGACGGCGCUGAGACUAGCUAUUCAGAACAAAAGGCUCGAUCUCUGCAAGAUGUUGCUAGAGAGCGAUGCUGAUCCGGAUCUAACUCCUGAUAAAGUCAAUACGCCACUUAUACAGGCAAUUUCUGGGGAACAGUUGGAUAUAGUCAAGCUACUGAUCGAGCACAAGGCCACAGUAGACAAGCGUGAGGCGCCACCAGAUGACGGAUGGUCACGCACACCCAUGCAUGUGGCCGUCGACUGGAACCGUCCCGAGAUUGUCCAGUAUCUCCUUGAGAAGGGAGCAGACCCCGAUGCUCGAGACUCGGACGGAAUCCCAGUGGUAGGCUCUGCAGUCAACAGCGGACAUACAAACAUGGUGCAGUGGCUAGUAGAUGCAAAGGCAGACGUGAACGUCGUCUACACCCAAAACAAAAUCACGCCGCUGCAUGAAGCAUAUCCCUAUCCCGAGAUAGUUCGUAUCCUCCUCGAUCACGGCGCAGACAUCAACAAGGGCAACGUAGAGUUGCGAACAGCACUGAACUUUGCGAUACGCGUAAAUAAUCUCGCCCCAGUUCAGGUUCUUCUUGACGCCAAGACUAAGCCUGAUAUCAAUUCAGCCACGAUCUACGAGGACUUACGCAUAGUGAUACCUAGCGGGUACGUCGGGAUUGUCGAGGCGAUGCUCGAGGCCGGCGCUGACGUUAACAAUGUCAAUGAGAAGGGCGAAUCGCUACUGGCGUAUGCUAUCAAGCUUAAUGCAUCUAGUCUUAUGGUCAGCAAGAUUCUCGAAUACAAUCCUGAUCUGGACAUGAGGGACAAGAAGGAGAAUACAGCACUUCACUGCAUCAGCAAAUUUACAACCCUCGAGACGGUCCGACUUGUUGUUAACGCUGGUGGAAGGCUAGACGUGUUGAACUCUGAUAAAGACACGCCGUUUAUUGUUGCUAUUGGGGCUCAGAUGGAUGAUGUGUUCUUCUAUAUGCUGAAAAAGGAGCCCUCGCUACUGACACAACACUUUAUAACGUCCCAGCAAAGGGUCACAGCGCUUCACGAGGCGUGUAGGUUUGGUUCGCUCGCUAUGGUUCGAUCACUGAUAGACCACGACAUGGACAUCAAUUCAUGCUGCGAAGGGCUGUAUGGAACACCCCUGAUAUCGGCAACACUCCGAAGUGAUCUACUAUCAUCUCCCCUAGCUAGCGACAUAAUCGCUCUUCUCCUCGUGAACGGAGCAAACCCAAGGACUACAGGGGGUUUAUUCCAAUACCCUCUCAUCUCAGCAUGUCUGUCUUGCCCAGCAGAUACCAUCAAACUACUUCUCAACUCAGAAACCUCGCCCCAAGAUCAGGACUCUUUGAAUCGCAAGGCUGUACAUCUGGCUUGCUAUAAUUCUCUCGCGGUUGUCAACCUCCUGGAGAUUCCUGACUCGGACUUUGCGGUUAGGGAUGUGGCUGGUCGAGUACCUUUACACUAUGCUGUGAUGACAGGGGAUGUUGAGCUGGCAGAGGUAGUGCUAGAACGCUCUGAGAGGGUAGGUGUUGGGAUCGAUGUGAAGGACGAUGAUGGGUGGACACCACUGCUCUGGGCUGCUCGUGCAGCACGGAUCUGGAAUCGACAGCUUGAGGGCGAGGGUUCAACCAAUGUUAUGAUCGCAUUCCUCUUGAAGCAUGGAGCUGAUCCUAGUAUCAAGGGGUGCGGUGUUGGCAGAGAUUGGACAGUCUGUGAGGUGGCAUACUAUCACCACGCCGACUUCGUCGAAGAUCUAAUAGACCAGCCAAGUCACAGGAAGAUCAGGUCGAGAAAACGGGGCAGUGCUCCAGAGUCUCACUACUGUGAUUGUUGUUUGAUCGAGUCUCAUGGUAUUUUCUUCGACUGUCAGAUUUGCUUUGACUUCAGUCUUUGUUUUAAAUGCUACAGGAACGCUGACAAGAUACAUCCUGAGCAUUCGUCGUUUGUUCGAUGUGGGAGUGAGUGGGUUGAAGAUGAUGUUGCCAAGGAUGAGGAUGUUCAGGAGAUCAGUUUGGAUGAUGGUAUUGGCGAUCAGGAUGUGCUGUUGGACCUUGAGGAAAUACCCUACGAGGAUUUUGAUAGCGAGGUCUCAGAAUAG